CGAUCCGCGUCUCUCAACAAUCUCGACUUCAGCCUUCGAGACAGAUUCGAACAGCGGUGCGUCCUGUCUGACCUUGGUGAGGCUAUGGAGCUCCAUUGGGCUGCGCUGCUCCUUCGUCCAUCAGGUCAUUUUGAUCGAUCCGACUCCCUCGACAAUUUUUCCAUCAGCCUGAGAGACAGGUUCAAGUACCGGGGCGUCCUGUCUGACCUUGAGGAGGCUAUUAAACUCCAUUGUGCUGCACUGCACCUUCGUCCCCCUGGUCAUUCGGAUCGAUCCGCGUCUCUCAACAGUGUUGCCGCCAGCAUUAAAUCCAGACUCGAGCAGUGGGGCGUCCUGUCUGAUCUCGAUGAGGUCAUUGAGCUCGAACAGGCUUUCACCAAGCACACGCCCACUAACCGCCCUGUACUUACCGUUCAGACUUCUUCUACGAAGAAGAAUAGUAAAGUUGGACGGAGUACCUCUUACAAGCAUCAAUAUUCCCUCGUCUGCUGCCACUGA